AUGACCGCGCGAGACAGUUGUCGAGGCAGGCAUCGCGGGCAGGUGACCGGAUGAACGUCACAGCAGCAACGGGGACGCAGGGCGUCAGGAAGGACGACGGAGCCGAGAUUCCGUCGACCGAUGAACUGGAGCAGGGGGCGAGUCCGCUGUGGCGCGACCUCGUCGCCAGCUGCCAGAGGGCGGCGGUGUGGCUGGUGUCGCUGGGCCAGGUGCCACGGCACGUGUGCCUGGUGCCCGACGGUCACCGGCGAUUCUCCAGGGCCACCGGCACCGACCUGCGCCGGGUGUACGCGGUCGGAGCGUACAAGUACGCCAAGCUGCGUGAGUGGUGCUUCCGUGCCGGAGUGGAUGUGAUAAGCGUCUUCAUGUUCAGCGUGCGCAACUUCAGUCGCAACUCGUUCGACAUGACCUCUGCUCUGGACCAGGCGAAUCGGAUCCACGUCGAGAUUGUGGACAACGUGGACGCCUGGCGUUCCACGGGAAUGCAGGCCUGCGCCUGUGGCGACCUCGAGCGGCUGCCGGAAGAGCUGCGCGCCAGUCUGGCUCGUGCCGAGAUCGCGACAUCGAACACGCGCGAAAAGAGCCUAAAGAGGCAAAUGUCCUGCGCCGCGUACAACACCACGUACCAGAUGUCCAGGAUGGCUCUGCAUCUGGCCAAGGCCGUCAAGGAAGGCGUCAUCCGGUCAGAGGACCUGACCGGCGAGUUCCUGGACGAGUACGUGGCGCAGACAGAGUGUCCCGAGGCCGAGAUGCUGCUGCGGUCGGCGGGCGACCAGCGAUUCAGCGACUUCGAGGUGCUGCAGUGCAACUACGCCUACUUCCACCUGGACGCCAAGCAGUGGCCUGCGGUGGGAUUCCUGGACUGGGCACGAGCCAUGAUCCACUUCCAGCUCCACUGGCCGGCCAUACAGGCCAUCAAGGAGAGGCACAGUCUAAUGGCUUCCUGCGGCAGCGGCAGAUCGGAUCCCGAGCAAGUGAUUCGGCAGCGAACGUUUUUCCGGCACGUCUGCGCUGCUAACAUCCUCAACAUGGAACGGCUUGCUGGACUCCGGAAAGAUUUGCUUUGUCAAUAAACGUGCCCCGGCUUUGCUGCAA